CCGCCCCGGCGGUGGGAGCCGGCAGAUCCGGGUCUCCUUGCAAGGGCCGGAAUCUGACGUAGUCAGUGCAAUCAAAACACAAGACGAGAAGGUGGAUUUCUUCUCUGCACAGCCUCGCCAAAAUUGCCCCGAGCCGCCAAUUUGGUCUAUUAACGCUCCAGGCCCAUCCCUAACAUGGCAGAAGGCGGCUUUGACCCCUGUGAGUGUAUUUGCGCGCAAGAGCACGCCAUGAGGAGGUUGAUCAACCUGUUACGGCAAUCUCAGUCCUACUGCACGGAUACAGAAUGUCUUCAGGAAUUGCCAGGACCAAAUCCAUCCGCUGAGAAUGACAUCAGUGUCACCAUGAUUAUGGUGGGCUGGCUGGUGGUGGCCCUGGUCUUGUUCUUGAUGAGACCCAUCAGCUUACGGAGAUCGAUGACUUCCGAAAAGCCGUCGAGCCCGCACAACGGACAAGAACCACCAGCUCCAGCUGUGGACUGAAGUUUCCUGGACAAAUUCAUCAAGUGUAAUCGUCAGUGACCAAAAGAAAGACCACAGCAUUCCUUAUCAUUGUACAGUAGGGUCCUGUCCUGUACAUAGAAUAUCCGUUUCCUUUUUCUAUUUCUUAAACAACAAUUAAUUGGAUUAACUUAACGUGGUGGGAAGUAACAGCAUUUCAUUGAUGGGUGUUGAACUUAUGCCCACUACAUUAUUUACAUACAUAUUUAAAGAAAAAAAGUUAAAUCUCUCUAUUGAUAAUCAGUUGAUCUUGUUCAGACUAGUGGGUUUUCUCUUCCUAUCUGCUUAGAGAUUAAAAACUACAGUAAAUUCCUCUGUGAUCUUCGUACACCCAUUUUGGGGGGGGGGAAAUCUGCAAAAGUUUCCAGUGGGUCCUUUUUCAAAAAGUUCAUAUACCACAGCCUUCUCCAAUUAGUGCCUUUUGCAUAUGCUGAAUAUUAUGUCAUAUUCGUAGCUGACAGUCAACAAUCUAGAUGAAUUCAGAUUAAGAAAGCUGAUUAAACUAAUUAUAGUUUUAUCAAUGAAACAGUUUAUUUAGGGGGAGGGAGGAGAGAGUAAGAAGGAAGGAAGGAAGAUAAGUUAAUGAAUAAAGCCUGAAUAAUUAAAGUUUACAUUGAAAACUAGUCCCACAAUGAUUUUCCUGCAGACUUGAGUUUGUGAUUUCUAUUUAGAACAAACCUCAAGUCAAAAGAAAGAACCGCAGCAGAAUGCCUGGCCUCCUUCACUACAAUUGUUUAAAAGCUUCUGCAGUCAAAAGUAACUUCUAGAUUGCAUUGGAUUAACACAUUUUACACGUUAUUCAAAUGCUGAUGAAACACUGAUACAACCAAACCCUUUGUAGCAUGAGGCCACAGCACCGAAUUUGUCAAAACUGCAAAUUUUGAGCGGUCUUCCUGAGAAGCAAAAUUGGCAUAUUAAGCUUCUAUGAAGCUCAACCUGUUGAUGUUAUUAUCCCUUUCCUAAAAAUGAUCAAAACCAGAGAAGUCCAACCUUGGCAACUUUAAAACUCGUAAACUUCAACUAUCAGAAAUCUGGGAGUUGAAUAAGUCUACAGGUAGUUGAAGUCCACAGAGAUAACUUCAUGCUUUCUAGUUGUAAAAAGACAAUCCACUCUUGCAGCAUGGUAAAUUAUGGAGUUAAAAAGCUAGUGCUUAAGACCUUAAGACCAAUUUUUAAAAUCAAACAUUGAAUUAUUCCAUUCCAGGAAAGUUCACUUGAAAUUAAAUUAACAACAUUCCUGGAAUACGUGCGUAGCAGGUAGAAUUUGCUGUCCAAGUUACUUUUGAACCUCCUCUAAAAUCCAAUCCUUACUGGAUUUGAAGGAUGGAAAAUGUAUUUCAACCAACCUUGUAACUAAAUCUAAUUCAUUAAUCUGCUAUAUAUUUGUACGAAGAUUGAGGACAAUUUCUCAGUUUUUACACAUCUCAACAAGUUUGGCAACAGAUAUCCAUCCAUUGAUAACUGGAUUUGGUCCAUUUAUUUCAAAGAAGGAACCUACCUUUCAUAUUAAUACCAACGUGGAAACAACUUAGUGUAUCUGUCCCAACAUUUAUUCAUCAAAUGCUGUUUUUAAGAUUUCAGAGAUCCAUUCUUUUGCCAUGGAAUAACAUUAAAGAAUUCUGGGAAUUGUUUUAAGGAUUAUAGCACUGUGUUUGGGCAUUUCAUGAUUCCGCAUAAAAUAGCGUUCGAGAACCUUUCUAUAUUUCUUUUUUUUUUUUUUAAUGGUCUCUUUGUUACUUUUCAGGCAAGUUUGUUCAUCUUUACCAACCUUGUGAAAUGCACCUUUCUAAGGUUGGCAGACCAGCUCUAAAAAUGUGGAGCAGUUAUCAGUCUUGGGGCUGAAUGGCAAUGAUUUAGUUUUUAUUUCGUUCUCAAGAAUAAUUUGUAGGACUAUUGAUGUAAACAUUUGGACAGAGAAAACUGAAGAAGCAAAAUGUGAAUUAAUGUACAGCUUGUUCAUUAGCAACUAUAGGCCAGUUUGAUGCCCCCACCCGUCUCCUCCUAAAGCUGGGAGAAAUUGAAACAAAGCUCUCGGUGGGAAACCAGUGCCAUUUUAUGAAAUCAGACCAUGAAACAGAACCACAAAAUAAUCUGCUUUGCGUUAAAAAGGUUUAUUGUAUGACAGGCUAAAUCUAUAGCUCGAACAUUGGAUUAUUGACAUCUUUUAUUUUUCCUACUUUAAAUGAACAAGCUAGACAUAAUGUGGAAGAUUAUGAUGACUUGUUUUCAGGACUUUGAAAAGCUGGUUUAUGGGAUGAUGGUAGGAUUAGCAGAAUUUAGAAACCAUUCUUGCCAGCAAGCUCUUCAAGAGGAGGGGAAAAAAGGCGGAGGGAUUUUAAUUGUGAAAAUAUCGUGCUCAAAAGGUUUGGAGAUUCUUUUUCUGACAUUGCAGCUUUUAUAUAACCCCAGCCUCUGACACCAAUUAAAGUUUU